AUGGGUCGCGUUCGUACCAAGACUGUCAAGAAGUCCGCCAAGGUCAUCAUUGAGCGGUACUACCCCAAGUUGACCCUCGACUUCGAGACCAACAAGCGCAUCUGCGAUGAGAUCGCCAUCAUUGCCUCCAAGCGCCUCCGCAACAAGAUUGCCGGCUACACCACCCACUUGAUGAAGCGUAUCCAGCGUGGCCCCGUCCGCGGUAUCUCCUUCAAGCUGCAGGAGGAGGAGCGUGAGCGCAAGGACCAGUACGUUCCCGAGGUCUCUGCUCUCGACUUCACCCAGAACUCCGAGAGCGGUCAGCUCGACGUCGACACCGAGACCAAGGACCUCCUCAAGCACCUCGGCUUCGACUCCAUCCCCGUCAACGUCAUCCCCGUCACCCAGGCCCAGCCUGUCGAGCGCGGCCGCCGCUUCGGCGACCGUCCCCGCCGCGACUAA